UUUCAUACUUGGCCUGCAAGCUUUGUGUUAUAACAAUGUUUAUUCAUACGAUGAAAAUGAAUGAAAAUUGAUUUAAUAUGAAAAGAAAGUGUUAUGACUAUUUAACUUACCUUAAAUCAGGAGUUUUGAAAACUUAUGAUAAAGAUGAUCCCGGGCAAAAUGGUAACGUUUGCUGUUCUGUUUUUACUUGUUCGAGUUGUCUGUACACAGGAGUGUUCAACAUGUCAGUGUUGUGCAGACGGCUAUCACCCAAAAUGUUCUAGUAGAGGCUACUGUAAUAACGGAUGCAUAGACGGGUAUUAUGGAGAAAUUUGUAACUACAAAUGUACUUCUCAGAAUUGCCUUAGUUGUGAUCAACAUUAUGGUAAUAACUGUUUAAAAUGUAUACCCGGAUACUAUUUGGAAAACCAUAACUGUUAUGACUGUGGACCACAAUGCCAAUCAUGCUCUUCAUACGGUUGCAACUCGUGUUAUGACGGCUACUGGGGAAACACUUGUGGUGCAAAAUGUACGCACAACUGUGUUUCGUGUAAUAAAUACUAUGGUAAUUGUCUGUCCUGUGCUUUUGGAUACUACGUUUAUAAUCGCAAAUGUGCCGCUUGUGGUGCACACUGUGCAGUAUGUGGCUCAGGAGGUUGUAUAUCGUGUCAUGGCGGAUACUGGGGAAGAACAUGUGAUAAAAACUGUGCCCAAAACUGUGCAUCUUGUAAAAAAUCGGGUGGUUGUCUGUCCUGUGUUUCUGGAUACUACCUUUAUUAUCGCAAAUGCACCACUUGUGGUUAUCAUUGUGCAGAGUGUGGCUCAAGUGGGUGUACAUCGUGUCAUGACGGAUACUGGGGAAGUACAUGUAAUGAAAACUGUGCGCAAAACUGUGCAUCGUGUAGUAAAUCGGAUGGUAAUUGUUUGUCCUGUUCUUCAGGAUAUUGGGGAAACACAUGUGAAAAACCCUGUGGUCAUCACUGUUUAGCAUGCGAUAAAUGGAACGGCAGAUGUUUAUCUUGUGAACAUGGAUAUUGGGGUCAUCCGUGCACUGAAUGUAAGAGGGACAUGUGCGUCAAUCAGUUUGAUUGCGACUUAUGCUCAAAUAUUUCUUUUUAUGCAAAUAGUGAUGUCUGCUGCUUAUGUAGGGUAGAUAAUUGUGUUUCCUGCUCUAAGGCUUUGGAUACUGUUAAUUGCAAAGUUUGCAAACAAGGAUACUAUCCUCAAAUUAAUGGAAAGUGUGAACUUUGCAAUGCAUAUUGUUUCAAUAAAGAGUGCGAUUCAUCUUCUGGAGUAUGUCUUCAAGGAUGCAUUAACGGAUACUGGAACCCAACGUGUGACAGAAAGUGUGAUUCAGAAUGCUUAUCUUGCAGUCAAGCAGAUGGAUUGUGUACACGGUGCAAGAACACUUUAAAAUUUGGACCUAACUGUAGAAGCGAAUGCAGCAGCACCUGUAAGAACUCCAAGUGUGACAAUAAUGGGAAUUGUAUGAAUGGAUGCAUUCAAAAUGCGUUUGGAAAGCAAUGUGAAAACAAGUGUGAUGGCUCCUGUUCACCGAAGGACAACGGAACCAUUUGUUCUGAAAAAACUGGAAUGUGUUUAUACGGCUGCCAAACUGGAUACAAGGGAAGAGUUUGUCCACAAGUUAUUAAAACAGAGGCAGAAACACAAACAUCUUCAAUAGCAGUCUUUGUUGGGGGAGUUGGCGGAGGAGCUGCAGCUCUUGCUGCCAUUCUGGUGGUUGGACUGAUUUUGCUUCGAAGAAGGAAAGUCAAUUUGAGAAAUAAAAGACAAACACCUGAAACAGAACCUGAGAACUUAUCCGCAUUGUACGCAACGGUGAACAAAGGAAGAACUUCCCAAGCAGAUUAUACCAAUGAAGAUACCGACAAUCUUCACUCUGUCACUAUCAUAGAAAACACCAAUUACCAGAGUUCACCACCGCAGAGCUCUGUGAAGGAAAACAUGCCUAUUUUAACGGAGGACAAUCUUGAAAUUGAUAACGAAGAUUUUUGUGCACGGGAAUUCACAAACAUGAUUGAGAAAGAUGGGGGUGUUAAUUACAACAACGCAAGAGAAAUCAGCAAAUUCGAACUGACUGUGGCCGAUUUACCUAAAUAUGUACAAAACAAAUCGGUAAAGGAUCUCGAAGAAGAGUUUCAGAAAGUACCACACGGUCUUGUGAAACCUUAUGAAGUUUCACAAACGAAGCUAAACAUGAACAGAAACAGAUACAAUGGAAUAUAUCCUUAUGAUGAUUCGCGUGUGAUAGUACGUGGAGGAGAUACAGACUAUAUCAAUGCAAGUUACAUAGACGGUUUCAGGAAACGAAAUGCAUACAUAGCUGCUUUAGGUCCAAUGGCUAAGCAGCUGGGCGAUUUCGGCCAAUUCUGGCGAAUGGCCUGGCAACAGAAAGUGGAGAAGAUUGUCAUGGUGACACAUUUCGUAGAGGGUGAGAAAACCAAAUGUGAGCAAUAUUGGCCAGAUCAUGGUCAGAGAAAACUAUAUGGCGAUAUAGAAGUUGUGUGCAAGGUUGAACGACUGUACGCAGAUUUCAUUUGGAGACAGUUAACGUUAUCCAAGGGUAAACACAAUUUCGAAGAAAGAAAUCUGCACCACCUUCAGUUCACAGCGUGGCCAGACAAGGACAUUCCUGAUGACGUCACAUCAAUUAUAGAGUUUAGACAGAAAGUGAACGCCUUGCCGAGUACGUUUAAUGGACCAGUGAUAGUGCAUUGCAGUGCCGGCGUAGGAAGAACAGGAACCUACAUAGCUCUGGACAUUCUGACCAAAGAGGGUGAAACAGAAGGAGCAAUAGAUAUCCCGGGAUGUGUUUUCAACAUGAGACAGAACAGACCCAGCAUGAUUCAGACUUUAAGUCAAUACAAGUUUCUACACGAAGCUUUGGUCCAUUCAUUGUCACUUGAUUGCUCGUUGAUAAAAAGAGAACACUUCCAUGAAUAUAUGAAUAUGAUGUCCAGCAAACAGGAGAUACAGAAGCAGUUUGAGAAAAUGCAGUUGAAUCAAGAGCGAAAGUCAGAACAGGAACUGCAGGCUAUGGAAAGAAAUCGGCUUCUGACAAAAAAGAACAGAAAAUACGCAGACAUACCAGGUGAUUCCAACAGACCACGACUUUAUCUGUUUUUAAAACCAGGCGAAUCUGAUUACAUCAAUGCGAUAUACAUCAACAGUUUCAAAACAAAAGACCGCUUUUUGGUUGCACAAACACCUCUGGCUGACACAGUUUUCGAUUUUGUUGCACUUGCUGUUCAAGAAAACUGUUCCUGUAUUGUUAGUAUGGAGGCACAGGGGAUUGGCUUAUAUGCUCCUGGUGACAACCUAUCAAUGAAGAAAGGUGUGAUUUCCAUACGUUCUGCCAGAGAUCAAAGUUCAAGACACUUUGUUAAAAGAAAGCUGCAUUUUGAACCCGACGAAAAGGCCAAGCCAGAGAUAAGAAUACCACACUAUGAAUAUUUGGACUGGGAUAGAAAUGACGAUACUCCAAAGUCGGCAGAACAUUUUGUUGCCUUCAUCAAAGAGGUUGAAGACGCAUCCAAAUCAUCUCACUUGAACGGACCGAUAUUGGUGCAUUGUAUGAACGGCGCUGGAAAGAGCGGACUUUUAUGUGUUGUCUCGACAUUACUUGAAACACUGAGUGAAGAUAAGGAAGUCAGUGUGGUCAAUGCGGUAAGGAAAGUCAGAGCAAGACGACCACUUUCCAUUCCAAAUAAGGAACAGUUUUUCUUUUGCUACGAGUGUGUUCUCCAAUCCUUGAAUACAACAGAUGACGCUGUGUACUACAACACAAGUGCGAAUAUCAAGAGGAAGUAAACACGACUGACCAUUGUGAUACAAGACGUCGAUGUGUUACCCUUUUCAAGAACACAUGAAUAUUAACAUCAUGGAUAGAUAUGUAAUCUUCAGCUUCAUUACGUAUAAUUUGCUAUGUUGACUUAUGUAAACGUAAAAUGAUUGCAGUUCUGCAUCACCGUAAUCACAUAAUUUACAAAACGCUAGUGUUUAUAUGUAUAUCUAAACAUUGUUUUUUGACUGUCAUUGUAAAUAUUUGCAUACUUACUGCACUCAUUAUUUGAGUCAUACUGUAGUGUAUUGUAUUUGAUCGAAACGAGAUCCCAUAGGAGAGGCAUAAAUGCAAACUUAUCGCGCAAUAGGUAACAUUUGAUAAGAUUCAGCGACAUUCAAUGUGCGCGUGGGGUAUACUUUCAGUCGUUAAGUUGAUGUAAGAACGCAGUUAGUGCUGCUUUAAUGAUUAAUGAACGCAUUGUACAUUAUCAUUGUCAUUACAUAUGUGUUGCAUUAUGCCGGAUGUAGAAGGUACUUUGAAUACACAAUGAAUGAGAAACGUUUACAAAGACGUCAUACAAUUAAACAUUUUUUAUUUCAUUUUUAUAAAAAAAAUGUUGUAUUUAAACGAGCCAUUAAGUAUUUUAAAUGUUUUUGGCGUUGAUAAGGUUUUUAUUGACAAAAUGUUUUGUACGAGAAGAUUUGCACGUAACAUUAUAUUUUAUUAAAUAUUUAAGCAUUUGCAUAACUGCAUAUAUAUAUAUUUUUAUAGAAGUUAUAUUUUUAUUUAAAAAUAGUUUUCUGAUAGUAUUCUAUGUUUUCUACCAACUUGCAUUGGCUUCAAAUAAUAUGUAUACUAUAAAACAGUUGAUAUAUGAAUAAAAGUGUUAUCAUUUAUCAAAAGGCAAAACGUGGAAUGGUCAACAUGUCCAAUGGUACAAAAACAUCAUGUCUCACUCAAACUUAUAUGACAUGAAUAUUAAAGUGUAAGGAUGAAUCUGAAAACAGGAGUAUUGUCUGUUUACUUUAUUUACGUUUGCUUUUUUUACAUUGUAUUAAAGCAUUAUAUGUAUUGAAAUGUUUUUAUAAUGCUCCAAAUUGACCUUAUUCAAAAAUAUAUGUUGUAUAUAUUUUUAUAACGAAUAAAAUAUAUUCUUCUA